AUGCUUUACUUGGUCGAAAUGCAGGGAAAUUACGAUUUGCGAAUAACUAUGUUGAAAAUGAGAGCGAUUGGGUUCAAUAUAAUUGGUGUGAAGAAGCUUCCCUAUGAGUUUGCAUACUGCGAUAAUAAGGAUUUGAUUCCUAAUUCAGCAAGUACAACCGAGGAGGCUCACGAUAACUUCCAAGUAUAUUUAUCGCGUGCAGCGAAAGAAGCUGCUGUUUCCGAAGGCAUCACGAGGUCGACCAACGAUACAUCCGUUAACCUCACUUAUAGCCCGAUUAAAUGCUGUGAUGGUCAGCGACAACUCUGUCAUGGAACUAAUGAAAUUGUUCAAGUGUAUGAUCCAAAAGAACGCUUAUUUGUAAACGUUACACUAAAUGGUGUUUUUGGCACUAUUACAGUGAGUUUACUUUGCUCUUUUCCUAUUUGUUUGGAACAUAUGGUAGCGCAGCCACCGUAUGAGAUUGGCGAAGUUUAA